AUGAGAACUCUUCUCCUACUCUUGGCAUCUACUGCCCUCGUUGCAGGCCUUGCCUUGCCUUUCCGAUCUGUGAAAGGAAAUGCUGAUGGAGCCCACAAAUACUCUGUUCAACUUUAUUAUAAAAUUCCCAAUCAAAUGUACAGCUUAUGGGUAACAAACAUCACUGUCGGAACACCAGGACAAACCUUCCUUUCUUUUAUUGACACUACUUCCUCAGGUUUCUGGGUUGCAGAUGCCAGCUGUGACAACAGCUUCAGCCCUGGAUGUUAUGGCGUUAAAAUGUUCUACUCUAAUGCAUCUUCUACCUAUGUGCCAACAAUCAACGGCACAUACAUGUCUAACAACACUUUCGGAGAUUCUUUCGGUAUUGUUGGAGUUGAUAAUGUUAAGCUCGGAAACGAUGAUGCUAAGGCUGUGCUCAUUCCAAACACACCUUUCGGACAGUCUGAUAGCCUUCCAUACUAUCUCAGAAACACCGGUAUUAACUCAGUAUUGGGAAUCGGAUUCCCAGGUUUAACCCCCAGUGCACCAUCUCCACUCUUCAACGAUGCUAUCGCUAAGGGAGUUGUUAAGAAGGGAAUUAUCACUAUCUGGUUCGAGGAUCAAUAUGAGACUGAUGAUAAUGGAGUUGGUGGAACCAUCUAUUACGGAGAUGAGGAUCCACUUCAUUGUACUGGAACAGUUAACUACACCCCACUUUCUAGAGCUUCUCUCUGGCAAUACACUACACCAAAUGUCGCUGUAAACGGAGUUCGUGUCAGCUCCAUCGGUAACAUUCAGACUAUCAUCGAUACCACUAGCAACUUCAUCACCGCUCCACCUCAAGUUGUCAACGCUAUCCUCAGUGCUUUGAAGAUCAAAAACUCAACUGGCAGAAACCCAGUAGUUCCAUGUAACACCAAGAUCAACCUUACCUUCUUGAUGAACAACACAGCUCAAACUAUCACUGAGCUGAACUUGGUUACCAAGGAUGCUAAUGGUGUUUGUAAUUUGGCCAUCAUGAAGGCUAUGCCAAAGGGAACUGAUAAUGGAAUUAGAUUCGAACUCGGAGAACCCUUCAUUCGUGGAAGAUGUCUCUUCUUCGAUUAUAAUAAUGAACAAAUUGGAUUCACUGAUGCUGGCACUCACACAUAA